AUGGCUAACUGUAUGGUUUUUCACACUCAAAUAGCCUCCAUUAUGGAGGUGCUAGCAAAUGCAGCCGUGGCAGACAUCUGUAAACUCGUAGACGACGACUAUGCAGUGUUUCGUUUGGAAAUAACUCAAAGCCAGAAAGAAAACAGGGUAUUGCAGAGGAGACUACAGCAACUCGAAUUGAAGAUGGCACGGGAGCGUGUAGAGAGGACAACGCGAGACCGCGUCGUCGCCAGUCGUCCCAGUAACGUUAGCGCUAAGAUCCUCGACCGAUACAGAGGGAUGGCAAGAGGUGAAGGACAUCUCACUGGAGGCCACAGAAGCUUUGUGAAGCCAGCAGAACACAAUACAUGGAGACAUGACCAACCAAUCAAUGUUGAUGAGGGGAAUGGAAACUCAACCCAGGAUGUUAUUGUGAUAGAGUCUGCAGAGGCUGCAGGUCCUGGGGUGAAGCAGGAGACAUCUGAAAGAGAGGAGAACCUACGGCACAGCAGAGACAUCCAGACUGGAGCAGUGCCUGGAGUGGUGCCCCCUGUAGCUACUGGGUCCCCUGCCAACGUGCCCCAGGACAGGUCCCGAUGCAGCAUCACGGAGGAGGAGGAGGGUCCAGAGGUGCUGCUGGUGAAGGAGGAGGGGUGUGAGGAGGGUCUGUGGAACCCUGAGGGGAACAUGGUCAUGGAGGACAACCAAACUACACCUCCUCAUGAACCCGCAGAGGAACCAGCUGAGCAGCACAGGACCACACACAAUCUCACUGAGUCAGUAGACAUGGAGGAUGGGAAGCCUGAUCUGCUGCUGGUCAAAGAGGAGACUAUAGAAGACGAACCAGAGAGCAUUGAUCUGCUGAGUGGAAUAAAGAUGGGGGAGCAAGGUGGUUGGCUGGAGGCUAACAGAGGAGACUGGGCAGCCAUAUUGGAUUCCCAGAUCCAGACGGAUGCAGCCAAGGGCCCAGGGAUCAACAUCACUGAGCAGGUCAGGAACAGAGGCGACAUAGUGGAGUCUGCAGUCCAUGAGGACCUGCUGAUAUCCGGUGUUACUGGCGGGAGAGACUGGACCUCUGAAGCGGCUGGUCACAAACUCUGGCCCCGGAUCAGGACCCUGGAUCAGGAGCCGCCACUCUUCCUUCGUGAGUCGGAACCAGGACCCAACCACGAAGGACAGAGACCCCACCACCACACAGAACACAACCAGUGGACAGGUGGACUCAAGACCCUCAGUCCUGGUGGUCAUCAGAGAGAUCGAGGAUCCAGUCAGCAAUUGAGGCUCUUGUCUUCACAGUCUCAGUGCAGGGAAGGAGCAGGGCCUGGGGCUGAUAGAGAUAGACCCUCCUGUUCCUAUGAUACAAACACCACAGUAUCCAUGAUGAACAGAGCAGGUCACCCUGGGCUUCAGCCUUCACAGAGAGUGGUGGGAGACCCGCCUAGUGGGAGUCUAACAGGAAGUCUUUCUCCUUCAAGAUCUCCUCUAAUGCCUGGUGACUGGGUUCAUAGAAAGCCUGGACCUGGGUCUAGCAUUUCUCAGCUGCCUCAUAGUUAUCCCACCAAUACAGACAGGGUCAAGAUGGGCUUUCACCAUGAGAGGUACCUAGCCUAUAACACUGCAGACAAUCCCAACAACACCGAAACCAUGGCUAGAGGUCAAGGAGGGAGCUCAAAGACUAACCACAUGAGGGUGGUGGCUCCUGCUUCUACCUCCUCUGGUGUCAUUGGGUCACAACGUGGGAGACCUAGUUUUAGGACGGACGCCGACAAGCCGUACGCCUGCCCCACAUGUGGGAAGCGCUUUGCUGAGGCGAACUACGUGAAGAAGCACCAGACCGUUCACACCAAGGAGAGGCCCUUCAAGUGCAAACUAUGUUACAAGAGCUUUUCCUUCCAGAGUAACCUUAUCAAACAUAGGAGUGUCCACAAUGGGGAGAAAUCGUAGCAGUGUGGCCCUUCUUUUUUAGGUCAAUUAGGGUAAUGUCUGUACUGAGCUUGAAAGAGACUCAUCAUGGCCUUUUCUCAUUUGGAUUAUCUCAACUUCUGCGUCCUCUGUCUUCCGUCCUUUCUCGCCUCCUUUUAAAAAAGGUAAUCGAGGAGAGCGAACGUGGAUGAAAAUGCGCUUGUUUUAAAAUCGACUCACCUUCUUCACUUGUGCGUCAUCAGGCAAGUGAUGUUUACAGGGAUGGAUCCCAAAAUAAAUAUAUGUGUAAAGUGAUAAAAACAAAUUUUGUUGUGUGAGACAAGUAGCAGACAGAUCUGGGAUAACUAUAGUUUUAACUGUGCUUUGUGGAAAGUAACUAUUUGUCAGAGGAAAAAAGUUACUUUGGAGAUGACUACAAUUAUUUGAAUAUAGAUCCCAAAAAAUCACUACUUUUUAAAACUAUUUUGAAAAUAUAGAUCUCAGAAAGCAACUACUUUUUUUUUUUUUUUAAUACAGAUCUCAGGAAGUGACUACUUUUCUGAAACUGUUGGAUUGGCUGUCUUCAACUAAUGGCAGGGUUGUACAGUGCCUAAUUAGAAAGUAUUCACACCCCUAGACUUGUUCCACAUUUUGUUGUUACAGCCUGAAUUUAAUUGUGAUUUUGUGUCACUGGCCUUCACACAAUACCCCAUGUCAAAGUGGAAUUUUAUUUUUACAUAUUAAAAGUGAAAAGCUGACAUUUCUUGUCAGGUAUUCAACCCAUUUUGUUAUGGCAAGCCUAAAUAAGUAGAGUAGUAAAUAUUUGGAUUGUACCUUUUUUCAAUUUUAGCCUAAAAUGACACACAAAUCAAACUGCCUGUAGCUCUUAACAUGUCACAAUAAGUUGCAUGCAAUAUUAGUGUAACAUUAUUUUUCAAUUACUACCUCUCUGUACCCCGCACAUACAAUUAUCUAUAAGGUUCCUCAGUCGAGCAUUGGGUUUUUAACACUGAUUCAACCACACAGACCAGAGGUUUUUUCCCCCAAUGCCUCGCAAAGAAGUGCACCUAUUGUUUUAGAUUUUUUUUUAAAUACAUUUUUUACUGACAUUCAAAAUCCCUUUGAGCAUGGUGAAGUUAUUAAUAACACUUUGGAUGGUGCGUCAAUACACCCAGUUGCCGGAGAGGAAGGAAACCACUCAGGGAUUUCACCAUGAGUCCAAUGGUGACUUUAAUACAGUUAUAGAAAUUAAUGGCUGUGAUAGAACACUGUGGAUGGAGCAACAACAUUGUAGUUACUCUACAAUACUAACCUAAAUGACAGAGUGAGAUGAAGGAAGCCUGUACAAUAUAAAAAAUGUUCUAAAACAUGGAGCCUGUUUGCAAUAAGCCAUUAAAGUAUAACUGUAUCUGGAACUGCAUGUUGAAGAUAAUGAAUAGAGCACACACGAUCUCCUAUACUAUUCCAAUAUACUUGACAGUCAUUUGAUCUACACAAUACAUUUCUAUCUGAACAUUUUGUAAAUGACCAUUCUCCUGAAUGUCCAUUGCCCUUGGUCAGGGCUGCCCAACCCUCUUCCAGGAGAUCUACUGUCCUGUGAGUUUUCAGUCAAACCCUAAUUUAACACGCCUGAUUCUACUGAUUAGCUGAUCAACAAGACCUUAACUAGCUGAAUCUGAUAUGCUAAAUUAGGGUUGGACUGAACCUACAGGACAGUAGAUCUCCAGGAAGAGGGUAGGGCAGCCCUGUCCUAGGUGUACAAAAUCAAGUCAUACCAAUUAACCAAUGAUAUUUUGUACAGAUAAGUAUAAAUACAUUAACGCUCAACUACUGUAUGACUCUUUCAACAUGCCACUGAAAUGUUCAAAGCUCCAAUACAUUUUGAUACCUGAAAAUACUGCAGAGUAAUUCAAACCCAUUUGCAAAUGGCAAGUUGAAUGCUUAGCAAAAACAACUUAGAACCUCUACGUUCAUCUGAAGGUAAGUGUUCUUGUUUUGAGCACAAUAUACCAUCUUUAAAUAGAUAGUUUACUCAGAAUACAAACUAAAAUGAUUUUCCACCUACCUUUUGCCGUAGUUGAUUCAAGAAGGGAGUUUUGGGAUAUCUAGUUUACUAAAUAUACAUAUUUUGUUACGGUUAGCAUUCUCAGUAAUACGCUACGUUAAACUGUCAUUGUGCCUGUGUAAUAAAACAAACUACUUUUGGAGCAACAUUUUACAUUUACUUUUGUAAAUGGAUUUUGAUUGCAUGGCAAUGAGCUUAGAGUUUUUAGCUACUGUACCUGAGGAAUGGGGACUUCCUUAUUCCAUUUAUGUAAUAACUCUAUUAUGCUAUUAUAAAGCUAUUUCCAAAGGCCUAUGUAACAAUGUUGCUAUUGUAAUAAGUUACUACACAUGUAUAAGAACUUGUUGUCAAGUGUUACUGUAUUACCUUAUGUCUCACUCAUGAAAACAUAUUUGUUAGUCAUUUUGAAGUUGCAAAAGGAGUCUAGUGUAAUGUUGAUGUGAUUCCAUGUUCCUAUAUUUCAUUCUAGGCUAUAUUAAGAUUCAUAUCUGAGAGCCCUCUAAACCAUGUGCUUAUGAUCAUCUAUUUAGACUAAUUCAACUAACUGUUAGUUACUUUUCAAAUGAUUUGCCUAGAUUCAAAUACCUCCAAGUAUGAUUUGGUUUUCUGAGACCUGUAUUUGAAUGUCAAACAACAUAGUUGCCUUUUAGUUGAAACUCCAUAUAAACUAUAUUUGACUACUUCGAAUUGGUAUUUUCAAAUAAACCACAAAAUACAAAUA